AUUAAAGUAGCUGGUGAAACAGCUUAUGACUGUUCGGGAGAGAGUUUGUACGAAAUAUACAAAGAUCUAUGGCUAACAGAAGGUGAUAGAAAUAAGAUGACCGAACAGGGUCUUGCAAGUGAAAAUCUCAGGAAGUUAAUAUCAGGUGAUGACUCAGGAGUAAAAGUAGGUGAUGCUAAUAAGUUAGCAGAUGCGCUUCUCCACAGUGUGUACGGUUCCAAGCUGAGAAAACCAAUUGAUAAAAUAAUUGCAGACCAUGCAUGGUCUAUACACACCGUUCUCCAUGAACAACAAUCCUAUGUACAUCCUCACACUCCCGCAAUCAGAUGAGAUUAUGACUGCCCAAGGAGGUGAAGCUAAGGGUAAUUAUAAGCUGGACAAUCUUGAGUUAGAAUAUGAGACCAUUGAGAAUAACGCCCUUGCGAGUGAAGUAUCAAGGAUGUAUUCAACAGGUCGCUCACUGUCCUACAAACAUGUUACUCUUAUGCGCACAAGUAGUUGGGACAAGGAUCUUACCAUUGUGAAUGAAAACAUAAAUAUCCCCAGAAAGAGCAUGUCAGCAAUUGUCCUCCUAUUUACCAGUACAGUGAUAAAUGAUUCUGAACAAUAUAUUUACCCAAACAUUGAUAAAGUGAACCUAACCAUUGAAGGUGUACCUAAUGCAGUCUUCUCCCAAGGACUUCCUAAAAAUAGGUUCUUCGAGGAGGCAAAACGGUUUUUCUGCCCUAUGUGUGAAAAAUCUAUGGCAGAUGAAUAUAUGUCCGUCAGCAGGUUCUUCGAUAAUGGUUUCGCUCUAGUAAUUGAUCUAAGGUCAACACAGGAUGAUACCACUGGUGGAGGAAGGAGAAUUGUUAACACACAGUCGGGUGUACUCAUGGAAAUCAAAAAGAGAGCCACAACAGCUGACGUUCGAUGUAAUAUUUUUGUUGUAUCAGAUGCCCUCCUUAACUUUGCUAACAGAGAUUUGUCAAGUAUUCAAUACUAA